AUGAAGAUUUCAAAGUAUUUCCUUUUGCUGCUAAUCCAGACAAUUGCUGAUAUUCAUUCAACGGCAGUAGCACACGAAUUCAAACCACCUGGAAAUUUAAUCAAACUUAUAAAUGAAAUCUACUAUGGCAUCAAUGCAACAACUUUGGUAAUUUUUAAUUAUGAAACAAAAGAAAAUGAAAUGUGGUUUUCAAACGAAAUAGAAACCGAAUCAGAAUUUAAUUUAUGGCCUGAUUUGGAGCAGCCAAAACUUUUGCUGCAAAAAGAUUCCCAACUUGAGUUGAGGCAAUAUUUUAAUGCUGAUGUUUUGGUGGUGGUGAUGAAGCAGGAAUAUUUAAAUGUAUGGGACUGGCAACAUUUUAUCAAGGCAAUGCAACAUUGGACACGAACGGAUGUUUUGUUUGUAAGAGAUUUUAAGGAAGACGAUGAUGAUGAAGAAACGAGUGAAGAAAUGUUACAAUUCUUUAGAACCGCUUGGGAGGAAGGUUUCUUUAAUGUCUUGCUAAGUGACUUUAAAGGGGAGCUACUCUAUACGUUUACAGCAUUUCCUAUUGUUGAAAUAGAAACAAUAUCAGUUCCAACAUAUAUACAGAGACGUAAAACAAAACAAGAUGCCCAGGGCUAUCCCAUACGUAGCAGUGCUGGUAAUAAUCCUCCCCGUUCUUUUGUUUACUACAACGAGGCCAAUGAGUUGGAGUACAAAGGUUUAGCUCCUCAAUUGGUCAGUAUUUUUGCCCAGCACUACAAUUUUUCGAUUGAUUGGAUUGUAAUGCCGAAUUUUAAAUCGGGUGGCAUGGCAGAUUGUCUGAAAUAUCUACUCACCGAAACUGUGGAUAUAUGCAGUGAAUUUUUGCCCUUGAACGAACAGUCCUAUGCCAUUGCCUUUCCGAUCUAUAUAAUUUAUGGCUACGCCUUGGUGCCAUUUGCUCCGCAUUUACCCAUGUCCAAAUAUUUACUACAUCCCUUUCACCAGCACAUUUGGUGUUUGAUGAUUUUGGGGGUAGUAUCCACGACUGUUAUGCUGAGCCUAAUCAAUCGCUUUAAAUUGGGCAGGUGGCAAUUAAGUUCUCAAUUUAUGAAAGCAAUCAAAUUUUUAUUAUACAUUAUUCCACAACUGCCGGUUCAUUGGGGUCUGCAGAAAUAUUUAAUAUUUUUCAUAUUCGUACCCUGCACUUUUAUUUUAUCCAACUUGUACAUGACUUUUCUCACCAGCAUCUUAACUUCGAAUGUUUUUGAGCCUCAAAUAAAUUCUUUGGAGGAGCUGAAAGAACGUAAGAUUUCUAUUUUAAUUACCGAAUCGGAUAUGGAAAUUUUGAGCAUGUACAAUUCAUUUGAACCCAUUUCGGAUAACUAUGUAAAGAUAGAUGUUUCCUCGUAUGUGGAAUUGCGCAACACCCUGAACAACCACUUCGCCUAUAUCAGUUUUGAGGACAAAGCUGAGUUUUAUUUGUAUCAACAGAAAUUUCUGCAAAGACCGCGUCUCAGAAUGAUGCCCAAACCUUUGUCAGCUUUGUGGGCCAACAUACCAAUGCCACAUAAUUGGCCUUUUAUGGAUUUGUUUAAUCAGUACAUGCUGUAUAUGUUUGACACUGGUAUCAUACGUCAUCUUCAGGAGCGCUCUAAGGAGGAUGGUAUUCGUCUGGGUUAUAUACGUUUUUUGAAAACAGAAUACCAUGAUGUGACCCCUUUGGAUGCGGAGUAUUUCGAAAUUCCUGCUAUUAUAUUGGCUGUGGGAUAUUUAAGUGCUUUGGUUUGUUUUAUUGUUGAAAAUGUAUUGUAUUUUGUGGAGAAAAUAAAGAAAUUUUAUUAA